AUGAGGCACGCAGCCAGCAAGGCCAUCAAGAUUUCAAAACCUGCAAAAUCAAAGAGAGAACGAUCGUCUCGGGCCUGCGUUGUUUGUCGCCAGAGAAAGGUGAAGUGUGAUGCCGUGGAGAGAUAUCCCGAGAAGUGCACGAACUGUGUACAGUUCAACAUAUCUCAGUGUUGUAUUCCCCAACCGAAGAGAAGACAGAGCAAGAAGCUCAGCAAGUUUUUAAUUGAACACGAGCUUUCAGGGCUUGUGAAGAAUGAUAAUGAGAAGGAGGGUCUGAGUGAUACAGAGGACUAUGCAAAUGGUAAGAUUCUGCAACCGAGUUCCUCUGCAUCCGAUGAAUUCCGAGCAUUCAACAGAACUCCAAGUUCGGGGGACACGGUAUUUAAUGGUUCUGCUAUCAUACCAGACGACCUGUCUAUACUUAGCGCACUCUCUGGAAUCGUUACAUCGGAUCCUCAAGACUAUCUUCCUCAGCUUAGUCAGAUCAAACUAGAUCCAGUACGCGUGCUGCGACGGGUUUUCCUUUCAGAUCCUAUUCCGGAAUACAUGGGAUCAACGGGGCCAACACCUUUGAUCAAGCAGGUCAUCAGGGAGUAUUUGGACUCGAAUCAGAAGGACGGGAAACAAAAAUCUCGUAUAGAUGCUACGGAGUUUCGUCAACUAUGCGAACUAGGAUGUUUUAAACUACCAGAAGAGUCUCUCUGUCGAAAGUAUAUUCAGGCAUAUUUUGAGAAGAUACAUUGGCAGCAGCCUGUACUUGACAAGAAGCGCUUCUUCAACGAGUACAGCGACUUACAUGAUCCUCGAAGCCUUGUCUUACUUCAGUCUGUGCUUUUCGCCGGAUCACGAGUUUGUGAAGAGCCUGACUGGUCCGACUGCGAUAUACAUCGCCAGCAGAAAAUUAGCUAUGCUCUUCAUCGACGUGCUCAGGCCCUAUAUAAUGCACAACUGGACCAGUCUGCUCUCUGCUUGCUUCAAUCUGUCAUCAUUUUCGGUAGCUACUGGGAUUCUGACUUCAUUUCGUCCAAGAACAACUUCUUUUGCUAUUUGAAGAUAGCCGUUUGUCAAGCUUACAGCUUAGGCCUUCAUAGAUCACAUGCUUCCAUUGCAGGGCUUUCUGAAGUCGACCGAAAGAUGUUCAAACGAAUUUGGUGGACUCUAUUCACCAAAGACUGCUUCUAUUCGUUUACUUUUGGCCGUCCUUGGGCUAUUGAUCUUGAAAAAUGCGAUGUUGAGCUUCUCACAGAGGAUGACAUGGAGAUGUCGAACAACGAAAAUCAGCUAGCUCAUUUCAUCCACAGGGUGAAAUUGGCCCAAGUCACUCGAAAAGUCUCGGAUUGUAUGCAAAAGAUCCGACAUAGGGCCAAUCACAACCUCUCAUCAAUCUCUUUACUAGAAGAAUGUGACAUGCUACUUACGGCUUGGCUCAAGGAUCUUCCGCCUAAUCUCGUAUUUAGAAUUGGUCAUAAUGAUAACAACUUCUGCUCUGCUACACUCGCCAUGGAGUACUAUUCGAUUUUAUUGGUGGUUCAUAGAUGUAAUAUAGUUCGCAAGCCAGUCGCUAACACCAAAGAUGAUCACAACUUCAGCAGGAAGAUUAAUUUCGAGUAUUAUCCGUCUUGGAGUAUCACUUUCAAGGCCGCACAUAUCAUCACUCUGAUCGGUGAGUAUCUCUUACACCAUAAUUAUUUACCGAUCUAUCAUAGCUUUGUGGUGUACAGCAUGAUUUGUGCAGGCGUUAUGAUGAUCUAUCACCUUUACAAUAGAGACAAAAUAGUUUCUGAAAUGGCAGAUUGUGAUAUCAGGGUAUGUCUUGAAGUGAUGAAGGCAGCUGCUAACAAGUGGCCUAUUUCUAAGUUCAGUGGCUUCUAUUUGGAUACCAUCUACCACAACAAGUCACUUCAAUUUACUCUCAUAAAGGAUAUUCUCGAUGCUGCCAACAAGGAAACUGUCACAGUUAAGCCGGAUGCUCAGUCAAUGCUUAUAUUGGACGAUUCCUUCCAGCCUUAUAGAAUCGAUACUGAAUUUUUACAAGGAAACCCGACUCUAAGCGCACAAAGAGGAACUCAGCUUGCAAAAAGUUCUUCCCGGCAGUUAAUGACUCCAGCUGUAUUGAAAUCUGUGCCUCAGAAGUCGGUCCAAGUGGAUUCAAAUAGAGUUACUGACGUUUCUGUCAAGUCAAUCCUGUAUAACGCUCCGAAUGUCUCUACUGCUGACAUUCUUCUCCCAGUACCAGGUACAAGCACUGAAGAUAGUGGUUCUAGUAACCAGUCGUCAAAAAUGCACAGCUUAGCAGGGGGAGGUUCUUCAGCCUCGUCUACAAAAUAUGUUGCUUCUACUGCUACAUUUCCUGAUAGCUUUGCAAGUUCCUUUCCACAAUCAAUUGGUGACAAUUGGCUACCCUCUUUCGAUACUUCCGAGUUUCCUAACUCUCCCGUGCCUUUGCAGAGUUCUCACGAUGUUGUCGACGAUUUAUUUGGCUAUCUUGGAAGCACAGAUAUGGGCAUGUAUAGCUAG